UCUUAGGUUAUCUAGCACAGUUUGCACCCAGCUACACUGCAGAUGUGUCUAACCAUGCAGCAACUCAACUCCUCAAACUGCUCACUCUCCACCCCUGUCUCAGCUGAAUACCUGAUUGGGAGUAGUGUGCUGUCAGUUUGCUUCAUACUGGGAGUUCCUGGUAACAUAGCAGUGGUGGUAUAUCUCUCUGGACAGCUGAAGAGAGGCAGUUUCACCCCGAGACUGAUGCUAAGCCUGGCCGUAUCAGAUCUGCUCACUCUGCUUUCUCUGCCGAUGUGGAUUUGGGCUCUUCUGCAUGGCUGGGUCUUUGGCUUGGUCCUGUGUAAGCUUCUCUCCUAUUUGGUGUACUUAAGCCUGUACUGCAGCAUGCUGUGUGUGAUUUUGAUGAGUGUGCAGCGAUACAUGCAAGUGCUACAUCCUCAGAAAUGGAAUAAGCUUGGCAGAAAAGGAAAGAAGAUCCCUGUGAGUGGGAUUUGGAUGUUAAGUGGAGUGUUAUCGUCCUAUGCUCUUGUACAACGCACUCCAAGCUUGGACAGGGAAGGACACCUUCAGUGCAGUCUACGCUAUCGUAAUGAUGUUGAAAGAGUGGCUACUUUAAUCUGGGAGAUUAUACUUUUUGUGGUUUUGUUCCCCACACUGACAUACUUCUACUUUCAUCUUUACCGAGGAGUUAAUAACUCAGCUUUCUUUAGCAGUCAGUCAUUGACAAAGCUGGUGACCAGAAUUGUGGCGUGUUUCUUUAUUUUUUGGAUUCCGUUACAAAUCUCCAAUGUUAUGGUUGUCACUGCUGUGCUGCUUGGGAAUGACAGUCUCUUAAGAUUUGCAGAAUCAGGAGACAAUAUUGCUGCAGCUCUGACUUUCAUUAACAGUUGUGUGAACCCCUUUCUGUACGCCUUCUCUGCUCGGGCUCUACGACAGCACACAGAUGGAACAGAAAAUGCUUAGUUACUUCAUGAUGUAGAGGUUUGAGAGAUUUUAUGGAUUCUUGGUGACAGCAAGUGACUUGAUUUUUAAAAGGAAUUGCAUGUAAUUUUGCUUAUUAUUGCAGUGUAUUGUUAUUGUCAUUUUGCAACGUUUAAUAGAGUAUAUUUUAAGGUGUUCUUUUGGCCUCCCUUUUUAACUACUUUUUGUCACUGUGACUUUUAGUACUUUUGGACUUCUGCUCACUUUUUCAGUCAGUUUUCAAAUAAACUUUAAGCUUUGUAGAUGAAAACAUGAUGUUGCAUCUUAUGUGCCAGUUCUCAUGCUAACCACAUUCUCUUUCUCUUAUUACCCUUUGGUAAUAAACAUUAAACCAUCAUUUCCUGUAUGUGGGUUUGAGUAGGUUACUAGGUCAUUUAGCUAGUCAGUUCUUGCUUAUUUCUAGCUGUAAAGUUAGUGUGGUGGAAGGAAAGGGCUUAAGAACGAAAAUUAACAAAAUUUUAAAUGUAACCUUGUGACUCUCACCCAAGGACUUAGA